CAACAGCCCUGACACGGUUGGGGAUAUCAAUUAACUCCUGCCUUGCUGCUCCACGACAAUUGACUGACUUUGCAGGUCACUCCGAGGCCAAUGGCUUGCCCUGCGCAUGUUGUCUGAGGGCCACUCCGUCGUCAUCCUUCCACUGUCGCCAUGCCGCAAGGAGUCCAUCUCCUUUCGGUCAGUUCCUUUCUGCAGGAAACCGAUGGCCCACAAGAGUUCAAAGAAUAUCUCGAUUUGAAGGUCCUGCGCCUCCCAGGAAUCGAUGUAAAGAUUACCUUCGUUACCAACGAGCACAAAUCACAUGUCAAGAUUUCCCUGACUGGCUCCAGGCCGGAUGAGAGGGCCGUGGUUAAUUUCCCGGUCGAAGCCUGCGAGCGAUUGAAGAUACAGAAAGUCAACUCAACUUGGUAUCAACGGGUUGUAGGACAUAAGCCGGCUCGAAACAGCACUUGUUAUCUUGCGUUGUUGGAAUUCAACCUUCGCCACGUGUGUGCAGAAGGGCUAUUUGUCGAAGGGUGCGCCUCUUGCUUCCAGCCGCUCCAGGAAUAUCUCAGCCGCGAGAAGAUCAUCGCAUUCUGUCUCAAUGAUCGUAACGCACGCCGUCAAUCCAACGGCAUGCUACUCGCGUUUGAGAAGGAGGUGUCGACCGGUCACAUGAGCCCAUGGGAGAGAGUCUUCGAGAAGAUACCGUGUUUGCCGGUGGAGCCCCCUGAGACUAGUGUCCCUGCAAAGGUAGCAUUCUUCGACUGGAGGGAGUAUGCAUUUACACUGGGGGUGGGCAUGGAGUACGAGCGGCAAUUGGCCGAGACUAAGAUGAAUACUUACAAAUGUCAAGUGCGUGUUGUCGAGAUCCCUGGUACUCGGAGCAAAUUUCAUGUGGUCCUUUGUGGACCACAGAAUAUGAAGCUUGCUCCCGGGGAUAAGGCAACACUGGUCUUCGUGGACGACCUGGGGCAUAAGCGACGUGCACUCGAUGAGGACAAGCCACCUGAGAAAGCGUGGGAAAUCCACAUCUCGCAGCCUGUGUCGUUUUCACCGCGAGACUCAUUGGCAGCAACUAUGUUCCGUCGUGGGGAAGAAUGCCCACGGAUCUUCUGCGGUCAGCAUUUGGUGCCCAUUAUUCGACGUGAUGCCCUUCCCUCAGGUAAGGCAGGUCGAGACUUGAUCGCGACGAAGCCUAGUUGGAAAGCAACAGUCCGCCCAAUACUCGAAGACGGUACAUUUGCACGCAGCCGUCUCGCCCUCGAUGUCUUGGACAAGAGAUUCACCCAGCCAGGUCUUGAUGGUAUGGACAAGGCAGUUCUGGAUCUUUUGCUGGCAAGACACCCUUCAAAUAUCGAGACGUUUGAUAUCUACGCAAAGGUCCGCGACUGUGCACAAAACCCGGAGACAGAAAUGAACCUGAACGACAGUCAAAAAGAAGCUGUUGUCAAUGGAAGGAAGGCCCCUGGAGGCUUCGUCUUAUGCCACGGAGGACCAGGGACCGGCAAGACCCACUUCGUGGUAGAGGCUAUCCGACCCUUUUUGACAGAUGCACAUGUUCAACACCAUUUAUUACUCACGUCUGCUGGUAACGCUGGAGCGGACGCAUUGGCCCAAGCCGUGCACCGAAAGAUGAGUAACCUUCCUGGCACGGAUAGCAGCCUGCGCAAUCGCUAUGUUCUCCGAGCACAUAGCAUCGAAACGGAGAAGAAUAUCUUUCUGUCGGUCAUGGACAUUCGGAGCAGAGUCCUGAUGGAGAUCGAACAGACUGGCAACACUCGUGGACCACUUGCCAGUAUUGAGACAUCACCAGAGAUUCUUCAGAGCAACCGAGACUACUUCCAGCACUUUACGCGCAACGCUGAAGAUUUGUUGGGCGAUAUCCGUGCUCAGGUGUUCCAGCUUUCCAUUGGGCACCGAAUGUUACAAGUCGCUGGACUCAUUCCUGGGCCGUUCGAAGUGGGCGAUGAAUGGUCGACAAUCCGACUGUUGUACUACCAUUCGAUUCGACAAAGUUCGAUACGAUCGACCAGACAAUUCCAAACCGAAAUGAGCAGAUUGAUGAGUCACGUCAUCAGCCACGCUACAGCAGUCUGUGCAACCGUGGCGGGAGCCGGCCAAUCUGUGCUUUGCAGCUCUUAUGCAGAAGCCGAGCUCCUGGUUGUCGAUGAGGCUGCCCGUGUAGUUGAGUAUGAAUGGUGGCCCCUCCUAGCUUUCUAUCCGAACAUCAUUGGCAAGAUCAUGGUCGGCGACAAGGAUCAGCUGCCGCCAGUUCUUGAAUCAAGCGAUGCGCCAAAGACCAGACGUGAUCAACGAGGAGCAUUAUUGGAGAAUCCUUUCGCCGCCCAACUGGAGCUUUCGUUCCAGGAACGUCUCCAGACUGCAGGCUUCAGGACGGCGUUUUUCACGGUCCAGCACCGAGCUCUGCCAGAAAUCGCCGCUAUCUGCAAUAACGCGGUGUACGAUGGAAGACUCUCUAACCAUGAGAGCACGUCUCUGAGUCGGCGUCCGCUUGCGCAGAAAAUCGUCAUGCACAAUAUGGUCAAGCAUGGCCAAGCUACACCCGUGAUAUUCUACGACAUUCCCCCCGCGAAGGAAGAGACGAGACAAAGUGGUUCGAAGUACUGUACGGCAUACACCAUUGCUGCUCUGUAUAUUGUUGAAGGCCUCCUCGCUGCAGGCUUCGGCACUACCACGCCCUGUACAAUUGCCGUCUUGACGCCCUACCAUGCCGAAUACGAGCACCUUCAGAUGGCGAAAGCACUUAUGUGUGAGGAGUAUCCUCAAGCUGAUUCAAUUGUAGUGGAUAAGAUCGACAAGCGGCAAGGCGCCGAGUUUGAUGUUGUGAUUAUCGACCCCUGUGCGGUCGCUAGGGCUGGCUUUCUGCAAAAGCAACGACUGAAUGUGCUCUUCUCAAGAGCCAAAUGUGGGUUGUACGUGCUGGGCAAGCACAGUGCGUGGAAAUCAAUGUACCCCGACCAAGGAUUUUGGGUUCGAAAAUUCCAUGCGCAAUUGGAGAAGUACCGGCAGGUAUGGCCGGCUAAUAGGCCGUUGGAAUCGAGGUUCUUCGAUCCUGCAGAGAUCUAGUGGUGGGACGAUUGUUUUGGUUGACCACAGGAUAUCAAAAGGACAUUGGAGUGUCGGUACGGCACAUACACCUUGGAAGGUGCCUCCGAACAAUGGCUUUACGUGUGUGACACACAACUUGCAAAUGCAUCAACUGGAAUAUGAAUUGUGAAGAGUAUUGGGAUCGGUAUUGGCACGGAACAAGAGGCAUAUUGAAGAGGACACAGGACAA